GAAGUUUGGGUCUGUGGGCAGGUUCUUCCGCGUAGGCCUGCCGAGCUGUGCCCGCGCUGCCCGGGGACCGGCUGGCCCCGCGGCACCCGGCGCCUGCUGCCCUUUCCCUCCCGCACACCCGCCGCCGCCUCCGCGGGUGCCCGAUCGGCGGUGAGGUUUUAGAAAGACGGCAGGGUUGGUAAUUCGGGCUUUCCGAUGGCGUAAUGAGGGAUCGUUACGUAGAUCUCGGGAGUUGAUAGACCGUACCGGGAAUUCGUAAUUUAACCUCGUUUCCUAAGGACUAACGGGCGUUUUGCAGAAACGUGCAUUUCCAAGGGAAGAAGGGGCUUUUUCUUGGCAGUGUUUGACUUUCCACGUAAAGCAAGCCGCAAGACUGUCCCUAACCAUUCUUUUUGGUGCAGUAGCAGCGGUUGAACUACCGCCUCUCUUACAUUGCAGUGCCAGUGUUUUCACUUUUUCCGCAAAGUCCUCUGCAACAAACAGCCUCGUUUGCUCGCGUGUUUUAGUGUGUGAGCCUGCGUGAUCGAAUUUGCUGAAGUUUUCAGCAAGUAAGAAAGCAAGGGUGGAAAUGGAGGACGUUCAUCUCUCCUGUGGUAUGGGUGCUCACAUUUUUUAACAGUACUGGGUUUAAUAAAAGAAAAUUUCGAAGCAAAAGGAAAAACCGAUGCGAGGCACUUCCUCUUCACUGUCUGGUUGAGAUCUAUCUUCCAAAAAUGUUUCGAAGUCUCUCGGUAGCUUUGGUACAGCAAAGCAUGGCUUUGGCCCCGUUCCUGUUUUUGUUUAGCAGUUGAAAAGGCUUGGAGCACGUUAACGUUCCAUGUGGGAAGUAGGGAUGAACUGCUGAUGAGACAUAGCUGUGUCACAGAAUAUGCGAGCGAGAUAUUGUUUUGAUUGGGGGCAGCCACUUGGUUUGUCUGAUCGAGUUUAUAUGGGGAAUUCUCAGCCAUACUAGGAAAUGGUAUUACUGGUGAUACUAGCGGAGGUGCUGCUUACUGAUUCUUUAAGUAUAGCUGCUUUAAGAAAGCACAGUUUCAUUAAAGUUGCCUUCCAGCUUUUGUUACUGUAUGAAAGAUAUUCUUCUUGCUACGCCACAAGAAAGAAAAAAGAAUUUGUAAAGAGUUGUGAAAAACUUGAAAUAAACCAAAAAUACAGCAGACAGGUGCUUUUUCCCUAUGGUGGCCUGUCUUGAUUAUAGUACUGUGAAAUGUUACAUAACAGAAGUAAUGUAUUCUCAUUUGCUGGAAUCUUUUUUAAUGAUAUUUCAAGCUGUAUGGUGCAUAAAACGUACUAGAAUGAAAGACAUUAGCUAAGGUAGACCUAAUAAUUGUUCUUGUCAUUAUUUAAUCAGUAUGUAUAAUUGGGCUUGAUCCAUUUAUUUCUGACAGGUUAGUUCUUCUUCCUUAAAACUUUUCACAAAAGUUAUGAAACGUGAUUCUUUCAUACUACUCCACUUUCGAGUUUCAAUUACCUAAAGACCUAUCUCGUUCUUGGCUCUGCUGCUGGUGACAAUAGGCGAUUCACUGGAGCACUUCUGCCUUCUGUUUCUCAUUUAUAACCAUGGAAGGGUGGUCACUGUGUGCUUUGAGAGUUGUGGAUGAGGUAGGUAGGAGUUGUAUAGCAUUACUGGACAACAAAGCAGUGACAAACGCAAGAAGACCAACUGAAUCAUUGGUCUGCUAGGUUUUACGGAACUCUGUUCUGUUUUGUUUUUCUCUUCUUCGCCCUUUAUUCCCCUUCUUUAUAUAGGUCUCAUAAAAUCUGAAUAGUGACACCUGUAAAUUAACUUCUAAAUGCUCCCUUGUAACAGCUUUGUUCUCUUCUGUAUCUCUUGCAAUACAACUUCAGUUUAUUUCCUUUUAUUUAUUUUUUUCCCCACAAAAGACAAGUCUUUGCUACUUGAUGUAAUGGUAUCUUUUUGUAAACUGGAUACCGUUCCUUUUAUUUUAACUGUACUUCUGUAAACUCCUGUGUUGCAUUUGGUAAUAUUUUCCUUGAAUUUAUAAGCAUCAGCUCUCAGCAAGGGCUUGGUGUUUUUGCCCUGCCCUUGCUUUUGCUUUUGGGAGCUAGCCUGAUUAAGUGAAUUACUCUUGUCCCUGACUGUCACCAGUGAGAGAAGUUUGCUGGGUCUGCAGCUGUCUGGCCAUCCUGAUGCCGUAGGUAGUUUACAUCAAGAACGAUGAACUCAGUGGUCAGAGCCACAGCUCUGUCUAUUCAGUGCUCUGCCUACGCAACAGGAUGACACAGAAGAAAAUUCCAAUGAUGGCAGCCAGCCAUCCAAAAGACGACGUAUGGGCUCAGGGGACAGUUCUCGGAGCUGUGAAACUUCUAGUCAAGACCUUGGAUACAGCUAUUUUCCUGCUGAAAACUUGAUAGAAUACAAGUGGCCACCAGAUGAAACAGGAGAAUACUACAUGCUUCAGGAGCAAGUCAGUGAAUAUUUGGGUGUGACUUCCUUUAAAAGAAAAUAUCCAGAUUUAGAAAGACGAGAUCUAUCUCACAAGGAGAAACUCUACCUCAGAGAACUAAAUGUUAUCACAGAGACUCAGUGCACACUAGGUCUAACAGCUUUGCGUAGUGAUGAAGUAAUUGAUCUUAUGAUUAAAGAAUACCCUGCCAAACAUGCUGAGUAUUCUGUUAUACUGCAAGAGAAAGAACGUCAGCGAAUAACAGAUCAUUAUAAAGAGUACUCUCAAAUGCAGCAGCAGAACACACAGAAAGUAGAAGCCAGUAAAGUUCCAGAAUAUAUUAAAAAAGCUGCCAAGAAAGCUGCAGAAUUCAACAGCAAUUUAAACCGAGAGCGGAUGGAAGAAAGAAGAGCCUAUUUUGAUUUACAGACACAUAUUAUCCAGGUGCCUCAAGGAAAAUACAAAAUCUUACCUACAGAGAGAACAAAGGUUAGUCCUUACCCAGUGGCUCUCAUACCCGGCCAGUUCCAGGAGUACUACAAAAGAUACUCUCCAGAUGAACUUCGUUACUUGCCAUUGAACACAGCUCUUUACGAACCUCCUUUGGAUCCAGAGCUGCCUGCGCUAGACAGUGAUGGAGAUUCAGAUGAUGCAGAGGAAGGGCGAGGUGAUGAAAAAAGGAAAACCAAAGGCAAUUCGCCAAAGGUCAUUCCAAAUGCUAUAUGUGGAAUUUGUCUGAAGGGUAAGGAGUCCAACAAGAAAGGAAAAGCUGAAGCUCUUAUACAUUGCUCCCAGUGUGACAACAGUGGCCAUCCUUCUUGCCUUGAUAUGACCCCGGAGCUUGUUGCUAUGAUUAAGACUUACCCUUGGCAAUGUAUGGAGUGUAAAACAUGCAUUAUAUGCGGGCAGCCUCACCAUGAAGAAGAAAUGAUGUUCUGUGACGUAUGUGACCGUGGUUAUCACACGUUUUGUGUGGGGCUUGAUGCUAUCCCUUCAGGUCGCUGGAUUUGUGAUUGUUGUCAGAAAGACCCUCCCGUACCCAGAAGAGGAGGAAGAAGGGGGAAAAACAGCAAGGAGGGCUAAACCCCCCCCCAAACUUGCUGUCCAAAACUUAACUGCACAAAUUAAAGUGAUACUUUGGUGCUAUUUAACCAACCACUCUUAAGAGGAACAAUACCACUUUUUUUUUUUCUUUUUACCAAAUAAACUUUUAAUUUGGGCUAUAUAA